AUGACUGAGUUUAUCAAGGAAAAACACUUUAGACCGUCGCCUCAUUUCAUUCUUUGUGUUGGAUCGACCAAUCUGAAAUAUGACAAACCGAGUGAUGUCCUGGAUAAAACAAAACUUUUGAUUCCAACAUUUGGAAAAUCCUAUCCAAAUACGAAAUUAGCUUUAACCACUGUAUCUCCGAUGAAUAUUUGUGGUUUGAAAGCCUCAGUUAUAGAGUUAAAUGAUGACAUAAAUGAAUACAACAUAAAAUUAGCAUCUCUAAUCACCACUAUGGGCGUUGAUCUGAUAUCGAUCGACUAUGAUAAGCGUGAUAUGAUAGCCGGUGAUGGACAUCAUUUGAGUGAUUCAGGUACUUUCAAACUAAGUAGUUCGCUGGACGAAUAUUUAAAGAAUUGUCUUUAG